AUGCCGACCUUCUUCCUGGCGGUGCUGAUCCUCGGGCUCCCCUUGAACCUGCUCUCCCUCUGGGUCUUCUUCCACCGCCUGCGUCGCUGGACCCGCAGCUCGGUGUUCCUCUUCAACCUGACCCUGGCUGACACCUCGUGGCUGCUGGCCUUACCUUACCUCAUCAACUACCACCUGAACCAACUGUACUGGAAGCUGGGGCUGCCGCUCUGCGUGGUGGUGAGGGUCUUCUACCACAACUACUUCUACCUCAGCAUCUUCUUCGUCACCUGCAUCAGCGUGGACCGAUACCUGGCCAUCGUGCACCCGCUGCGCUCCCUGGUGCUGCUGGGCCGGAGACAGACCUGCCUGCUGUGUGUGUUGGUCUGGCCGGCCUCUCUGGUCCUCAGCAUCCCUGUAGCCAGCAUGAGUCUGAUCCAGACCUGCCCCGGGAGCAACCGCACCGUGUGCCCCCUGUACAUCCUGCUGAGUGAGACCGGGGAGAGCCUCUCUUAUUCCCUCUUUUGCUCCAUCGUGGGCUUCCUCGUCCCGCUGCUCUCCAUCUGCUACUGCGGCCUGCGCAGCGUCAGAGAGCUGCGCCACCUCUCCCGCCGCCCCGGUCCGCUCCACAAGCAGCGGCGGCUCCGGCGGGCUCUAAGCGCAGCGCUGGUUUUCUUUGCCCUGUUCUACCUGCCUUACCACCUGGUUCGCAACGCUGCCAUCGUGAUGCGGGCAGUCUACCCUCACGAGCCGGCCUCCUGGCAGCCCGCGGACCUGGCCUUCGCGCUGGAGAUGUGCUUCUGCAGCCUCAUCACCUGCGUCAACCCGCUGUUCAGCUGCUUCAUGGGCCGCCAGUUCAGGAAGGAGUUCCACGGCCCUUUUGGCGUCAUGUUUUCCCAGUGUCCAGGCACGCAGGUGGCCUCGAUGAUAUCUAAGAGGACCCGGAUGAGGGAGAGGGAAAGACCGAGGAUGUGUUCUGUCACACCUGUGUGCGCACUGCCAACAUCUGGAUCCUAA